AGGAAGGCUUUUUGUCGGAAAACUCGGAUUUCAUGUUAGCGGUUGUGGGGGUAUCCAUGUGAGUAGAAGGAUUUUGAUAUAUCCAUAGUCUUCGGCGACUCAUAAAACGUAAGACUUCUUUGUUAAAAUACCAUUCAAACUUGUGUUAGCUUAGAAAUUCAAGGGAGAGACUAUCGGUAGGUAUAGUUCAUGGUUUUACCAUGCUCGAUACAAGUAUCAGAUUUCAAUAUGGCUGGGACUAAAAUAAACACGAAGGCACGAAAAGAUGAUAGGAGCAAAGGAAAUAAGACUUUAAAUACUAAUUCUGAAGACACUGAAGAUCACGACUUUUCUUUGCUAAGAAAACCUGUAUCAACCAGUAUCACAGGAUUUGCUCAAGCAAGGAAAAUAUUUGAUUUUGCCACAGAGGAACUAAAGAGUCUUCUAGCCAAUGAAUGUGAUUUACUAUAUGAGUGCAAAGUAUGUCGCAAUAUAUUCCGAAGUUUGGCGAAUUUCAUAUCUCACAAACGUGUUUACUGUAAAGAGAAAUUUAACUCAUCAGUUCACAGUCAUUUUGUCAAAAAUAAUUCAGCUGUGAAUGAAAUAUUAAAAAUAAAGCAGAUGGAAGAAGCUUAUCAAGAUUCCUUGAAAGUUACCAACUUUGUGUCCGAUGAGAAUGAAGACCGGAUUCCAAUUACAAAAGACUUGACCGGAAUAAUGGAAAAACUUACUAAAGUCAAGGGCAGAUAUAAUUUUGACGAACAGCAAGUAACACUACAGAAAAUACCUAACAGCUCUGUAGCAGUCUUUCAGAGUCAUUGCGAAGAGAACAAAUAUGACAAUAUGCUUGCUCAAGUACAGGAACUAGACAACAUGAUAUCACAAGACAAUGCAGUCCUACAACGUGACGGGUCUUUCAAUGUGCAAAGUUCACUGAAUGCUGACAAGACCGAAGACUCUGACAAUGUCAUACAAAUUAGUGAUGACGAGGACAGCGACGAGGAUGGCGUGCCGAAAUGCAAGAUAUGCGACAUGCAGUUCUCUACGCAGAAGACCUUGAAGUUCCACAUGAAGUACAAGCACCUGGAGAGCCGGCUGGUGUUCCCGUGUCCUGAUUGUUUUGAGAUAUUCUCCACCUCCUGGAGUGUUUACCGACAUCUUUUCAAAGUACACAGGAAAUCGGCAGCACAAAUCAGAAGGCUGAGAGAUGCCAUACAGGCGAAAGCUUUUAGGAUGAACAACCCUCCAGCUUUUUAUGAGAAAAAGAAGAAUUCCAAACCGAUUACACCGCAAAAGAUCUCUGAAGAAGAGAGAUUGGACCAGGAGAAUCAGGCAUGGAUGGACAACAUGGAGGGCGACGGCGAGCUGCCGCGCUGCGGCGGCUGCGGGCGCACGUUCGAGCGGCGCGCCGCGCUCGCCGCGCACACGCACACCUGCCAGCCGCGCUCCAGGGCGCUGGCGCGCCGCCCCGACGCCAAGCGCAUCGAGAUACAGAUCCGCAAGGACUACCACAAGGGGCCCACCGGCAACCCGCUCAAGGACACAGAGGAAAAAGUCAUUGACCCGAUUCCCGACCCGAUUGUGAAAGACAGUGAACCUGAAAUUAUACCUACACAAAAGAAGCCAGAAGCCCGCGAAAAUGUACUGGAAGAAGCCACUAUGGAUAUAAUCGAUGACAGAUCUAGUGACAGCGUAGAUUCCCCAGAAAAAAUAGUCAAACCACAAACGGAAAAGAAAACCAAGCUCAGACUUCCAUUCGCGCAUCAAGCUGAGAAAAGUAACCUAGCCGCUUUCAAGCAAAGAUUGCGAGGGGAUGUGGAUAUGGAAAAGCUACUCUGUAAGAAAUGUGACGCAAAGCACACGCGAGUACAAGAAUUACACGAGCACAUGGCUGGGCACUACAAAUGGAUGCGCUACGCUUGCAAACUAUGUAACUUCAAGAACUAUGACUUCGAAAAACUGCCCGAGCAUGUCAAAGUUGUUCAUAAACUGAAAGGCGAUUCAGAUUUCUACUUCAGUACGGUGAAAGCGCUCGAUGGCCCGGAAGCUACAGAGCUGGCGGAGCCGGUCGAAGAAAGUGAUGUGAAUGAAGAGAGUUCCGAGUCGCGACGGCCGAGCCGGUGCUCGAGCGACUCCAGUCGGCUGUCGGACGACAGCUCCUCCAGCAGCACGCGCGAGGUGGGCUCCAGGAAACGGAAGAUGUACCAGAAUAGGAGUGGCGGCAAGAAGAAGAAGGAGAAUGAUGAACCGGACAACAUUAAGGAGGACGCUACAGACGGUACAAAUAACAUCGAGGAUAGUGAAUCAUCAUCAAAUGUUAAAGCGUUUGAAGAGAAUUCAUCUGACAUAGACGACCUUGAAGAUAAACUCGCAAAGCAGGCCACCAAAGGACAAACUUCUUCCUAUGUAUCGCGGAGACCUGUUCGUAAGAAGACUAAACCAAAGAAUGAAGACUUUGAAUACGAUUUAUCAAACCUCUUGAAAAUGGAAGCACAAGGUUACAGGGACUCUCAGAUUGUCACACCAGUAAAGCCUAUACAAACCAAGAAAAAGCUAUUACAAGAACUACAAAGUAACUACGAUAAUAUAAAUAAAGAACAUGUUGGUGCUUUAACGUUACUCUCAAAGAAAGCAGUUGAUAGAGCUGCAGCUGAAUUGAAAACUACUAACUUCGGUCUUCCAAUGUUCAAUGUCCAAAAGGAGCUUAGAGUCUCCAAUGUAUUUGUCAGGCCCAUGACACCGAAAGGGUCAAGAGGAGACAAAAUGUCGCCGAGAAAAGACAUAACUGAAGACACAGUGAAAGAUGGUCCAAGCUCAAAUAAAAUGCCGAAAAUACAGGACAGUUUCUCUAUUAAAGAUUUAAAAAGUAACAAGAUAGUUGAAGAGUUGACAAAUAACAGCAAAGCAGAUGCUAAAUCAUCCAUAAGCAUACCUAACGACAAAGCUUGUAUUAAUAAUGAACAACCCGUUAACUCUGAACAAAAUGAAACCGUAAAAGCAGUCAAUAUUUCCGCAGUAAACAUUCCUAUAAAAUUUCGCCGACAAAGUUUGGAAGUCAUGAAGAAUCCUAUUAUAACCAAAAACAUUUCAGACUUCUCCAAAGCGGGAAAGAAAACUAAAAUUCUCCUCAUAAAACCUAUAAAUAGGAACAAAGAUGGAGUUUCUGUAAAUACUCCGCUGACGUUUCAAACGAUAAAAUUAAAGGAGCCAAAUAAGGGUACAACUUCCAAUGAAGAAAAUUCUAAUGACCAAAUAGUUGUGGUAAAGGUUCCCAAAGUUGAACGAAGUAUUUCACGGAAUGUACCUGAUAACAACGUGAACAAUAACAAAAGAAUAGUCCAAGCUGUUAGGCCAGAAUCUGUGAAUGAUGCGGAAGCUAAAAUAGUCCCGGACGCAGCAAGCUGCCCUGCAGGCUCGAGUGAGAAUACCACCAAGAAACCUGAAAUAAGCAGCGCUGAAACUAAUUCUAGUUGUAACACUAAUAGAGUGGAUCAAAUUAGUUCUAACAAUAACAUUGACAUAGAUAGCAGUAUUCCUCAUAUUGCAAAGUCUUUCUCAAACGGAGCAAACAUUUUAGAAAAUACUAAAAAUCUUGAAAAAGAUGGUUGUGUUAAUCAAGUAAGUAGCAUUAUGUCUGAGCCCACGGAUAUCCAGGAGAUAGAUAAUAUUACUCCUAAUGCUGUUGUGGAAUCAGAUAAUGUUAAAAGUUAUUCAAAAUUCACUUGUAGUUUUCAAGAAUCGCCAGUAAUUCAGAAACCCGAUACUGAAUUGGUAGGUUUAAGUCAUGGAUCGCGUACCUCGUUAUAAUGCCAUAAAUCUUCAGGAAUCUGUAAGUACAGAUUUUACACUGUCAAAUGAUACUUUAUCCUAAUAAUGAUUGUGAUUCAUUAAUUUUAACGUAGCGAUAGGGCAACUAAAAUGAGUUUAGUUCAAGGAAAUUGAAAUU